CUCUAACAAAUAUCACAGUUCCUCUGCUAUCAGUCAUUCAGCUCAACCCUUUGACACAGAGACAUAGAGAGAGACAUUCAGACAGAGACAGACAGCAUCAUGGACGCCCUGCUGCCCUCCAUGCUCGAGGAUCCAAACCUGAUGGCUGAGCCGGCAGUGCAGGUCUUUGAGCAACCAAAGCAGAGAGGGAUGCGUUUCAGGUACAAGUGUGAGGGUCGCUCCGCUGGAAGCAUCCCUGGAGAGAAGAGCUGUGACAACAGCCGGACCUACCCGAGUGUGCAGAUCUUGAACUACAGUGGAAAAGGAAAGGUGCGAGUAUACUUAGUGACGAAGAACGAGCCAUACCGUCCUCAUCCUCACGACCUGGUGGGGAAAGACUGCAGAGAUGGAUUCUACGAGGCCGAGUUUGGACCUGAUCGCAGAGUCAUAGCUUUUCAGAACCUGGGGAUCCAGUGUGUAAGGAGGAGGGAGGUGAAAGACGCCAUCAUACAGAGGAUGAUAAAGAAGAUCAACCCCUUCAAUGUACCACAGGAGCAGCUGCUACACACAGAGGAGUACGACCUGAAUGUGGUGCGUCUGUGUAUCCAGGUUCACCUACAGGACGAGAACGGACAGUUCACCAGACCUCUGAACCCCAUCGUCACCAACCCCAUCUACGACAACCGAGCCCCGAACACAGCCGAGCUGAGGAUCUGUCGGGUCAACAAGAACAGUGGCAGCGUCAAAGGAAUGGAAGAGAUCUUCUUACUGUGUGACAAAGUACAGAAAGAUGACAUUGAGGUGCGAUUCUUCUCCUCUGAUGGCUGGGAAGCUAAAGGCUCUUUCUCCCAGGCUGAUGUUCAUCGUCAGGUUGCCAUUGUCUUCAAGACUCCGCCCUACUACAACACCUCCAUCAUAGAGUCUGUCACCGUACACAUGCAGCUACGCAGACCCUCUGAUCAGGAAGUCAGUGAACAGAUGGACUUUAGAUAUCUGCCUGACGACAAAGAUCCUUAUGGUUUCAAUGCGAAGAAGCACAAAAUACAGAACACGAUGGCCAUGACAGGACUGUCAGGUGUUCGUUUUGCUGGUCUGGCUAUGAACAGGCCCAAGGCAGUACCAAAGAGCACUAUGGGUCACAUGCAAAAAGACCUCAGCAGAAUCUACCCGAAGCAGCAGCCCACACCUAUGAUGCACCAUCAACCUGUUUUCAACCAGCAAUACCAACCAAGCCCUCAGAGUGUAAUGCUGCCAUCACAGGCCCUAAACUUACCAGUUAACCAUCGAUGGGCCAGUCCUAACCCCCAACUCUCCAUGGAAACAGUCACCAUCAACUCACCCGGUGCCAUGAAUAACAUGUCCCGUCCUCAUCCUAACCCUGGAAGGCUGCAGACGAGCCGUGGACCAGGUUUCUCCUACAGAGUGGAGCAUGGCAACUUUGAAAAUAAUGAUUUACCCGAGCUCUCCAUGACAGACUUGCAGUGCUUGGACCCAGUCUCACAAGCAGCUGGACUAAGCCAGCCGGAGUCCCAGGCCCUCUACCACCUGCAGCAACAAAGGACGGAUCUUGCCUCUGAGCAAAAGAGCCAGAACCAUCCAGAGUACCAAGGUCACCCGACUGCAUGGCCCAAUUUCACCAACCUCAAUCAAAUUCAGAACCCCUUUAAUGGGUCAGUACCUGGAGGUGGAGGGGGAUCACAAGGGCUGGGUACUUUCUCCUUCUUGGAGGGAAUGGAAGGGGAUGAUUUUGUGAAGGGCCUGGUGGGAGAGUCUCAACCCACCUUCCAUUUGAAACAAGAACCUCAGAUGUCAUUGGGACAAGAAACCCAUUCUCCACUCAUGCAAUCCCAGAGAGAAAGCCAAGGAAACACUUACACCAACCUGCUCCCUCGUGCCAUGAACAACGGCUCCAAUAUGGAUCCACUGAGGCGGGACUGCAGUGGCAACACGCAGCCUCACAAAAAUCUGCAAAAUCCUGAAGGCCACUUUCUAACCCUUGCUGACUAUAUCAAAUCAAGUAAACAAAGCAACUGAAAGAAGCUAGUUUAAUGUAUGGCACAGAAACAGCUCAGAGAAUUAUGUGGAUCUUGUUUAGCUGUGUAAAGCUAGUCAUUUGGCCUUACCCAUUCUUGUUAGAACCACAGUCUAUGGACUUUGGCUCAGAGGGCAUCAAGGUGGGGCUAUUACAUUUGCAGGAAUGAGGUCAGAACUAUGUUUGAUCAAUAACCAAAGACAGUUGUGUCUAGGUGAUACCACUGAUAAUGGACUGGUUCUUUCUUAGACAAACAUGUCAUAUAGAAUGCUUCUCAUUAGCUUUGCAAAAUCUCCCAUCACUUGUACGCUGAUGACACUCUGUUGUACUUCUCAUUAGUGGCUGAUCAGACAGGGCUGAAAACAUGCAGGGAGGAAUUGAUGCUGUUAAGGGUGAUAAACAAAAACUUUCUUUAUUGCUCCUGAUAGCCUGUAGACAGAAAUCAAGUAGAAUCUUAGUGCCCUAUCCUCUGUGUCACAGUCUACUCUGCAGGAUCUUGGUGUUAAUUUUAACCAAUCCUUGAGUUUAGAUGCUCAGGACACUGACCUGGUCUCAUCCACAUAAUGAAUAAAACUAAGGUCUUCAACCAAUUAAUUGUUUCAAUCGCUAUCAAUCACUUUUUUAAGUGAAUGUUUAUGCAAAAGGUUUAAAAGUCCAGAUUAACAAUGUAAAGCAAUUGUUACCAUUGUCUUGAUUUGGGAAUCAAAUUAAUCCAAUGAAGCCUUCAUCAGUGCUGACUGUCACUAAUUUCUCAAGUGCUGUAGUUAAGUCUUAAUUUAGUUUAAUCCAGAAGUCUAUGGUGACUCAAACACUCCAAAAUAGUGCUCUGCUGGAUUCUGGGAUUCGGUUGACAGCUACAACUUGAAGUAUUUAAGUAAUGUUUUAAUUCCAUUUGACUCAAAGUGCGUAUUACUUUUGACUGGUCAACUGAGCUGUCACUCGUCACCUUUUUUAAGCAAAAUGUCUUUUCAAAAGUACUGUGGUGUUUUUGUUGUUUUCCUUUAAGGUGGCAACAGGAAGCUGGAAGGUGCUGCAGCAGCUUAACUACAGUGUGCUGGGAGGGACAAAAUAUCCCACAAUUGAAUGAAAUCAUCUUGGUUUUGGACCUUAAUGGCAUUGCAACCAACACAUUAACACUGACAGCUCUAAAUUUUACCAAACUUACUAACUUAACGUCCUGCUUUGUUAAAAACUGAAACUUAGAUUUUUAUGCUGAAUUAAUCCAAUUACAUUUAGACUGCUGUAAAUCUUUUUUCAUUGCCUUGCCUUUAAUUAACAGUAAACCUUUUACACACAGUUCAGCUGACAAUCACAGAAAACAUCUGUUUUAACCAUCUGUUCUGGCUCCCUGUUAAUUUUAGGACUCUUGAUUAAAUUUACUGACAGAGCUCAAAAUGAUCAGGCUGCAACACAGUGUCACUCGACAAGUUCUUAUUUACAAAAAAAUGUAUGUUGUUAUUCCAAACAGAUUCCGGCCCAAGAAAUAACUGUUCCCAAUCCCUCCCACUGAUCCACAGCUGUGUUUGGUGUCCAGCUGCUGGUUUUAUUGACCUCUGAGUGUAAUCCCUCGACUAGUUAAUGACAGUCAGCUCACCUGAGUCCAGCUGGCUUCUGUUUGUGGAUGAGUUAGAGGACUUUAUUGUCAAGCAAUUAAACAAUGAGCACAUCUUUUCAAAGAAGUGAAUAUAAUAUCGUGGGUAUUUUUCUCAAGUGAACUUUGAUUCACUGUCCAUUUUAUUGUCAAUAUCAAUGUUUUUAGGGGGCAAGAGUAAAAGGAUGUGAGGGAUUUUUCAAAUCCAGCAGAAUUAUUUUUUUUAUAAAAUUGUACUUAUUUCUUUGUAAAGAAUGUUGACAUUUUCUCCUUGUUGAUUGUUACAGCAGAGUAUUUGCUGUUCAGUGCACUCUGUAUAUACAUGUCAGCCUCAUUUGAGAGUGACAGCAGUAAACUUUCUGAAAGCAGCGAGCUGUCAGGUACUGAAACUUCCAUUAAAGAAGUGGGAGGGAACAUUUUUAGCGUGGUGUUUCCUUUGUAAUGACUAUGUCAUAGCAGUGAUCACAUUAUUCAGAGUUCUCAGAGUACUUAAACCACAUGUUGUACAUACUGUAUACAGAUGUUUUAUUUAGCUUACAGAGCUUCUUAUCAGAGGAGACAUGUCUGAUUAUGAACAAACACUGGCUCCUGCGCAGGAUUCAUGUCUGUCAGCUGUAGCCUGGAUCAUCCUGACAUGUUGCCUCUUUUAUUUUUUACAGAUUCUUUUGCUUUCAAGAAUUUAAGUGACUUUUUGUAAGAACUGUUAUUUCGGGACUUUUGUACUUGAUUUUUUCUUAAUAAACAGAGUCUCUGGGAUUCA